CGAGUCACAUCGGUCAUUUCCGGAAGUAUCGGAGAACGGAUGCACGGAUAAGUUGUCAGGCUACUAGUUCCAGCACAUCUUUUAUCCUCAACAUCUUUAAUUCAUCGGUUUAUCCGUUUACAGUGGGGUUUGAUGUAACUUGUUGUUAGUACCAAUGUCGCUUCUGUGUUACAACAAAGGAUGUGGUCAACGUUUUGAGGCGGACAACAACCCUGAGGAUGCCUGUACCCACCACCCUGGAGUUCCUGUGUUCCACGAUGCACUGAAGGGUUGGUCGUGCUGUAAGAGGAGAACCACAGACUUCUCUGACUUCCUCAGCAUUGCUGGCUGCACCAAAGGUCCCCACAACCAGGAGAAGCCUCCUGAGCCUGUGAAACCAGACGUGACGUCAUCGGAAGAAAAGGAGAGAGCUGAGGACCUCAAACCAAAGUUCAGCGAGUUCACCAUCUCUGCUCCCAAACCCCUGGAGUCCAUACGCAGACCCAGUCCAGAUGAGCCAGUGGUCCGGCUACAGCAGAAGAUCUCUCCCUCUCUGAGACAGGCUCUGGAGAAACUGAAGCUGUCUGAGGACAACCUUACUGACAAGACAAAUGAGGAUGAUGAUGUGGUGAAGGUAGGGACACUGUGUAAGAAUGGAGGCUGUGCCCGAAGCUUUGAGGGCCCUGCCAGCAAUGACCAACUGUGUCUCUUCCACGCUGGAGUACCCAUCUUCCAUGAAGGUAUGAAGUACUGGAGUUGUUGCAAGAAGAAAACGUCAGACUUCAACACGUUCCUCUCACAGGAGGGCUGUAGCCGUGGCAACCACCUCUGGAGAAAGAAAGACACGGGUAAGACAGUGGUCCCGUGCAGGUUUGACUGGCAUCAGACAGGAAGUCAGGUGAUCAUCUCCAUCUACGCUAAGAACUCUCUGCCAGCUGUCAGUUACGUAGAGGGAAACAGCUGCACGCUCAACAUCCACAUUAUCUUUGAUGGAGAGAAGGUGUUUGAGCAGACUAUUAACUUGUGGGGGGUGAUCGAUGUCAGUAAGAGUGUGGUCAACAUGAUGGCAGCUAAAAUAGAGGUAGCAAUGAGAAAGUCUGAACCCAUGACCUGGGCCCGACUGGACCUGCCGCCCCCCGCACCUCCCAAAGAGGAGGACAAAGAGGAGGAGGAGAGUGAUAGUGAAGACGAUGAGGAGCUCGAUUGAAGAUGACAAUGAGAGGACUGCACUGAUUGAUUGAUUGAUUGAUUGAUUGAUUGGCAGUUUGGUAUAUGUCCGUCUGCUAGAACUCAACCCGCACAUUGUAGUCCGACAUAGCACUCAUGGGAACAUUGACUAGUCUCCACUCGACCUCUCUCGUUGUCUCUCUCUCUCGUUGUCUCUCUCUCUCUCGUUGUCUCUCUCUCUCUCGUUGUCUCUCUCUCUCUCGUUGUCUCUCUCUCUCUCGUUGUCUCUCUCUCUCUUGUUGUCUCUCUCUCGUUGUCUCUCUCUCUCUCGUUGUCUCUCUCUCUCUCGUUGUCUCUCUCUCUCUCGUUGUCUCUCUCUCUCUCGUUGUCUCUCUCUCUCUCGUUGUCUCUCUCUCGUUGUCUCUCUCUCUCUCUCUCGUUGUCUCUCUCUCUCUCUCGUUGUCUCUCUCUCUCUCUCUCGUUGUCUCUCUCUCUCUCUCUCGUUGUCUCUCUCUCUCUCUCUCGUUGUCUCUCUCUCUCUCUCGUUGUCUCUCUCUCUCUGACACUUUCUCUGUUUCUCUCUUUCACCUCUCCACUUCUCUCUCUAAGCAGCACAUGUACUGUAGGACCAAUCAUGCCACCUCUGCCAUACAGUUUCCCCUGCCUUGCCUCCCCUCCCCUCUACCCUCUAACCUCCGUGUUGAGGGUCAACAUCCUGAGAUUGAUAUCAACUGAUAGCAUGGGAUCAGAUGCUAGAAACAUUUCCUCAUUUAUCCAUAUCAUCUAUCUGUAUUACUGUAUCCCAAAUGGCACCCUAGUCUCUAUAUAGUGCACUACUUUAGACCAGGGUACACAGGCCCUCUGACACCCUAGUCUCUAUAUAGUGCACUACUUUAGACCAGGGUACACAGGCCCUCUGACACCCUAGUCUCUAUAUAGUGCACUACUUUAGACCAGGGUACACAGGCCCUCUGACACCCUAGUCCCUAUAUAGUGCACUACUUUAGACCAGGGUACACAGGCCCUCUGACACCCUAGUCCCUAUAUAGUGCACUACUUUAGACCAGGGAACACUGGGCUCUGACACCCUAGUCUCUAUAUAUAGAUUCCGUUGACUGAAAAAUAAAAUGUACUAAUUAGUAUUAUAAGUAUUUUUCUAAAUAUAAAGUAGUAUAGUAGUAUAUACUAUAUAGGGAAUGAAAAAUAGUGCCCUACUUUUGACCAGUGUUUAUAGUGAGACCCAAAAAUAUGAUUUAACUAGGUGUUAAGUAAUUUUGUCCUUAAUGUUCAUAAAUUCCUAUGAUCUUUAUCUGUCUGUUAGGUUGUAACGUUCUGGGCUUCAAUAAAACAGACAGAAUUCCCAGCUCACAAUUAAUCCGAUCCCAGAUUUAUUUGUGAGAGGUUUACACAAAUGCAGUUUACACAAAUACAUUCCUUUUAUACCAUCCUAACCUAGGCACAUACAUGCACACCAACAUAGGGAUUUUCUCAUGAGUCUCACCACAGUUUAUAACUACUCAGCUGACAGUUCCAGGCUCCCCCAGAUAGUAGAACUCUGGAGGGGCCCUCCCUGUCCUCUCUUAUCUCCACAGAUUUACAUCCAGGCCUGUUCCAACAGGUUAAUGCCCCUCUCCGUUCUCCUUCUACCCCCACAUACAUUCCUUUCUUCCUAGGUCCAUGCCAUAUAACCUCUUCCUAAUGAACACAUUAUUUAACACUACUAGAAAGACAGGAUAGACUUCUUGCCAGUUAUAGUGCCGAAUACCUCAUUUAGUCAUUAUUCAUUAAAAAAAUCCCAUAACACUAGGGCAAGUCAGUUAAGAACAAAUUCUUAUUUACAAUGACGGCCUACCGGGGAACUGUGGGCAGAACUAUAGAUUAUUUUUUUUACCUUGUCAGCUCGGGGGAUUCAAUCUUGCAAUCUUUGGGUUACUAGUCCCAACGGUCUGACCACUAAAUACUUAUAAUACUAAUUAGUUCAUUUUAUUUUUUCAGUCAUCGGAAAUGUGUCUUCUGCUUAUCCUAACCCCUCAGAAAGAUGGGGAUCAGGGUGCGUUUUUAAAUGAAAAUCUGUCUGCAUUCCACCUCUGUUUUCAUGUCAUAUUUAAAUCUCUGUCUGGACAGUUUGCAUGUAAUGUUAAAGAUAUAGCAUCUAGAGGCUGAGAUUAUUAUGGUUGUAUUGUCCAGACUCUGGUAGUUAGGAGCGCCUCGGCGACGUUUCCCCCUAGGCACAGAUCUAAGAUCAGAUUCCUCUUCUUCAAUCCUAAUCUUAACCAUUUUAGUGGUGGAAAUGUUAAACUGACCCAAGAUCAGCAUCUAGGGGCAACUUCACCCAAAUUGCUCCAGGAUACUAAAGGUUAAUGCUCAAGACUUGCUGUACUUGUCAUUUGUGUUAAAAACAAACAUGACCUGAACACACACACACACACACACACACAUAAUCUCCUUCCUUCUCACUGCAGCGCAGGGUCUGAGCUCGCAGAGGGGAACCAUAGAGAUGUUUUAGCAUGGACAGGGCCUUUGGGGGCGUACACCAGUUUUGAAGUAGUCCACUGGGUGGGACUUCCUACGGGUUAAAGAAGGAUCACAUGAUUCCAUCCGGGUCAUCAACGAGGGACAAUUCAUUAUACUGGUGAGGAAACGUUCCAUAACUCCAGGGGGCAUCAUGCCAGUUCAGACAACACCCUCCAGGGCAGUAAAUCCCCAACCUUUAUUCCUGUUCAGACAACACCCUCCAGGGGCAGUAAAUCCCCAACCUUUAUUCCUGUUCAGACAACACCCUCCAGGGCAGUAAAUCCCCAACCUUUAUUCCUGUUCAGACAACACCCUCCAGGGGGCAGUAAAUCCCCAACCUUUAUUCCUGUUCAGACAACACCCUCCAGGGCAGUAAAUCCCCAACCUUUAUUCCUGUUCAGACAACACCCUCCAGGGGGCAGUAAAUCCCCAACCUUUAUUCCUGUUCAGACAACACCCUGCAGGGCAGUAAAUCACCAACCUUUAAACCUGUUCAGACAACACCCUCCAGGGGGCAGUAAAUCACCACCCUUGUCUUUAUUCCUGUUCAGACAACACCCUCCAGGGGGCAGUAAAUCACCACCCUUGUCUUUAUUCCUGUUCAGACAACACCCUCCAGGGGGCAGUAAAUCACCAACCUUGUCUUUAAACCUGUUCAGACAACACCCUCCAGGGGGCAGUAAAUCCCCAACCUUGUCUUUAAACCUGUUCAGACAACACCCUCCAGGGGGCAGUAAAUCACCACCCUUGUCUUUAAACCUGUUCAGACAACACCCUGCAGGGGGCAGUAAAUCACCACCCUUGUCUUUAAACCUGUUCAGACAACACCCUGCAGGGGGCAGUGUGCACCCUUUCAGUUGGUUUACCAACAUAGAAACCGAAGAAGAAAAAUAAACUACUUCAAAAUGGAGUUGGCAUGGGCAGCGCCACUGAGGCUCUCGACGCCAUAAUUGGGACAGAUAUAAAAUCAAAUGUAUUUAUAUAGCCCUUCGUACAUCAGCUGAUAUCUCAAAGUGCUGUACAGAAACCCAGCCUAAAACCCCAAACAGCAAGCAAUGCAGGUGUAUAGGGAUGCGAUAUCUCAGUCCACGGGCUUAACGUUUUGUAGUCAGGUCUACCUGUGAUGAAAUAACCCGACUGACUCUGAACUCACUAUGCCUUCAUCUGAAUAUUAGGAAACACUUCAUGUUGGUGUGUUGAAGCCGUAUAUUCCAUCUGAUGCUUGGACGUAGACUUCGGAAUACCUGAAUAUGUUUCAUAUAAUGUAUAGAGGCACCGAACAACAAAAACAAAAUAACACAUGCAGUUGUUCCGUUACAGAACAUUUAGCUAUUGUGACUGAUGAAUACAGCCCAGAUGUGUACAAGUACAGUGUUUCUAUAUGAUGUAAUAGAGUUGGGAAUGACUCCAUGAGUUCCAUGUGUUUAAUUUGUUAUAUAAUCUCUACCAUCUGAUUUAAAUAACUCUGUAAAAGGCUGUAAGCUUUAGGAUCCAUUGAACCGUACCAAAAAUAAAGUUUUCCAUUUUAAAUACAAAUUCUAUACACACGACCAGUAUGUCCUGUUUUACUACACGAUGUUGUUUACCUGGUUCCUUCACAUUAAAACCAAUAAAUACACAUUCUAACAGAA